AUGGCCUUGGAACCGCUCCGCGGCUCAUGCUCUUGCGGUCGAAAUGAAUACCAAAUCAAUAUUCCGGACGACGUGACAAACCAUGCCGAAGUGUACUUUGACAGCAGCCGAGACAAUCGUCGAUUUCACGGUACACCUCUCUCGGCGUGGCUUCGAGUACCUCUCAGCUGGUACCAAUCCCACACUCAGUCCUUCUUCCCUGAUGAAUCGCACUCUUCCAUUCGCCGCAUCCAUUCGCCCCGCCAUGCGCCCCGGACUCAGCGUGUCUUCUGUGGCUACUGCGGUACACCCCUGACAUUCUGGACGGAGGAGCCCAUCGAAGAAGCCAACUUCAUGUCUGUCGCGAUCGGCAGUCUUCUAGUGGACGACCAGCACGCACUGGAUGAUCUAAGAUUGCUUCCUCGCGACUUUUACGAGGAAGCUCCCCGUGCUGGUAUCUCGACCUCAUCUGAUCUGACACCAACCUCGGAGACCGCUUCAUCCUCGGUCAUUGUUCCAUCGACUACUGAUUCUUCGGACAUCUCAACUAGUCUACAGCACGGUAUAACUGGAGGAAUUCCUUGGUUCGAAGAGAUGGUAGAAGGGAGCCGCCUGGGCCGUGUGAUGCGUACUCGGCGUGGUAUGGGAGUCAGUGACGAUCAAUCAACUUCGAUCCAGUGGGAAUUUAGCGAAUGGCAUGAUGAUGGAACCGGUGCAGGUGGAUUCCUGCAGCAGGAUCCGGACUCGAGCGUACUCUUCAGGGGAAAUCGCAAGCGGGUGAAUCAGGCCGAUACUGGAAUUGAGUCUCCAACGAAGCGAGCAGGGAAACAAGCGGAACGAUCGCGUCGCAGUGCAAUCCCAGAAAGGAAUCCUGUACGGUCUGGGCUUAGUACCGCGCCAGUGGGGCAGGUCUUGGACUUCCACUCUGAUCCACAGCAUAUCAAUCUUGCGCGCCAGCUCGGGAAUCGCCCAUUGGAGGUCCAGCCGUCACAGGAGUUCGAAACCACCAAAAAUGAAGCAAUCUGCUUUUUCCUGCGAUCAACUGCUAUCCCCGGCAGUUUCUUGACUACUGAGAUGAUCUCUGACUCUUUGGUACAGAGCGGAGGCACUCCGAGUCAGAGAGCUAUGAAGGCAAGCGUAGUUGCUACUGCCAUGGCUAUGCUCUCCCGGGUAAGAGGGCUACCAUCGCUUAGAGAUGUAGCCCACCGGGAGUAUGGAUCCGCUUUGAGAUUGCUUAAUGCCGCUCUAACCGAAAUGGAGGAGGCGAAAUCAAAUCAAACAUUAGGCGCUGUCAUGCUGCUUGCCAAAUAUGAAGUGAUUUCGUCAAGAGCCCCGAAUGAAAUUGAGAGUUGGACCAACCAUAUCAGUGGAGCAAUGGCCCUGCUAGAUCUACGCGGCGCUGAUAAACUUAAGACUGACACCGAUCUCCGCUUGUUCUUAUACCUUCGGUAUCAGAUUACCAUCAGUUGCCUACAAAGAGACGUGCGCGUGCCUGAGUCACUAAUAGAACAAACGAAAAUCGCGAUGAUUCUUCAGCCAGAACAAGUUCACGGCAAUCGGCUACUCACGAUAAUUGGAAUACUAUCGAACCUUCGCGCAGACAUCUGCGCCAAUAUGUACAACGAGCAGGAGAUCAUAUCAGCAGCGUCGGCUAUCGAAGCCAGUUUAAUUGCCUGGCUGGCAGCUCUUCCCCCCGAAUUCAACUAUACCACCCAUGUAAUCCCCCCCCUCGACUUUUCCAUCCAAAAGCGACUCCGAGGCAUAACUCCAUACGACGAUCAAUACCACGUGUACUCCUCCGCCUGGGUCUGCCAUUCGUGGAACCAAUACCGCAGCGCCCGAAUCAUCGUCAGCGAAAUUAUUCUCUCCCGUGUCCGGCGAUUAUCCGACAGUUCCUCUAUGACUUUGUUGUCCGAAGAGUUGCGUAUCCAAUGCAGGACACUUCGAUCGACGAUCCGGCGGUUAGCCGUGGAUAUCUGUCGCAGUGUUCCUUUUCACUUCAUCGGUCACCAGGUAGAUAGGGUGUCUAGUCUCCCGCCGCCUGAACACUACGUUGCGGGCCUUGUGCUCCUCUGGCAUCUAUUUGUGGCUGGGGUUGUUGAGAACCCCCAACACAGGCUGCGCCGUUGGGUAGUCAAGUGUCUUCAAAUGAUUGGAAACACGAUGGGUAUCGACCAGGCGCUGGCAGUGGCAGAUAUUGUGGCUGAUGAUCCUGGGGUUUUACAUUCCGUGACCGAGGAAGAAGACUCUCACUCUUCAGAUCAGGAUCUGACGAGGCGAGAUCUAGUUACGCCUAGUGGAAAUACUUGCCUCGGGGUAUAUAGCGACUGA